AUGUAAGUUCUGUUUUGGAAUGAUUAGUGUUAAGACAUCAAAAUUCUGUUAAUAAGAAUAUUACUGGGGAGUGCUGGUAUUGUGAAUCUCUUAAUCGUAGUACAUUUUCAACUGGUUCAUGUGAGUUAAUACUGUAUGACUGUUGAUUUCUCUACAAAUAGAAAUGUCGACCAUAACAAACUGCUUCGUAAAUGACAUAACAGAUUGGUAGAUGACCUUCCACUCCUUUUCUCGCAGUUUAUGUUUAGGUCGUUAAGAAACUGGCGGCCUGUUAUCUUCAGUAUUGCAAUCAGUAUGGAAUGGUUAAAAAUGAAGUUUGUAUCGAAAAAUGUUAAUAAGUAGUAUUCUUAAAAUUUAAGGUUUAUUUGUUCUUUCGAGAUGAAAGUUCACUUGAUAUUUGCUUCUUUGAUGAUAAAAACUAUCUUUAAUACAUAUCACGCCAAUGACUCUCGUUUCAAUAAAUAAUUAACGCGAAUGAAUAAGUAUUCCCAGCUUUGAUCAGUCAUAGAGUUAGGUGUAUAUCUUAACAAUCAUUCAUUCUGAUUGCAACAUUAAAUAAUUAGUUAACGUACUGUCGACGCGGUGAAUUUGUUCAACUGUGGUUGUCAACAACUUCAAUAAACGAUGGGUACUGUCAUUGUUGAUUGUUUUAUAAGAGGGCAAUAGCUUCUCUGAGUACCUGGCUGGCUACUUUACUUCAUCUAUAUGUGGGGAGGAGCUGGUUUUGUUCUAAAUUCUAUUUUAUUUUCCCUUUUCUUCACUAACAGGGUGAUGUCUUCUGAAGAUGAUGGUAGUUACAAGACAUUAGGAUUACCUACUCAACCAUACUGUCGUAUUCAUUGUCAUCAGUCAGCUGUACGUGCAGCACGUUUUAAUGCAGAUGGGAAUUAUUGUAUGACAGCUGGUGGGGACAAAACGAUAAAACUAUGGAAUCCUUAUAAUUUUCGUUUAUUAAAGACUUAUGCAGGGCAUGGUGGGGAAGUUUCUGAUGUCCAGGCAGGGAAAGAUAAUAGCCAACUUGGUUCAGGUGGAGCAGACUGUUUAGUUAUAUUAUGGGAUGUUUCUACAGGACAAUCUGUUCGUCGAUGGCGUCGUCAUGCUGGUCGUGUAAAUUCUGUUUUAUUCAUUGCACCGUUUCACAAUUCCGAUUCAUUAGACCCUAGUCCAAUUUUAUUGUCUACUGGUGUAGAUGGGAUGGUUCUAGUUUGGGAUGCCAGAGCACGUACUCCUUAUCCAGUUCAGACUAUCCAUGAGGCACGUGAUAGUGUCACAUGUUGUGCAUUUCGUCGACAUCAAAUUGUUACUGGUUCUGUUGAUCGAUGUGUUCGGAUUUAUGAUAUUCGACGAGGUGAAAUGACUGAAGAUUAUGUUGGAUACCCAGUUACAUCGGUUUCAAUUACCAUAGAUUGUCAAUGCUUUUUAGUUGGUACACAAGAUUCAACUUUACGUUUAUUCGACGCGUUAACCGGUGAACUUCUUAACAGAUACACAGGACAUACUAAUCAAACAUACAAAAUGGAUAGUGCUCUGAUGAAUUUAGAUCGUCAUAUAAUCAGUGGUUCAGAAAAAGAUGGUCUUGUUUUUGUAUGGGAUUUCAUACGUUCGGAUGCACCGAUUCAUACACUAGAUCAUCAACCUGGUAGCAAUGCAUGGGGUGUUUUAUCUCCACACAACCCAGAAUCAGUUAGUGAAUUGAUAAUUGAAACGGCUAAAUCAGUAAAUUUUAUGAUUCAUUCAGUGUCACCACAUCCUAAACAAAGUAAACUACUUACAGCAGGUGGUGAUUUUGUUUGGUUGUGGGACGCUGAACCUAAAGAUAUUAAAGAAAGUGAAUAA